CGCACACGCUCCCUGCUGCACCAGCUCUGGCUGCUAUCGUUCACGCGCGCACUUCCCGCCUUCUCCAGGACGACUUUCGCCCGCGUUCACGCUGCCCGCCCUCUCGCUUCAAGCGCGAUCCUCUUGUGGCACAAGGUGGACGGUCAGUCGCAGGAUGGGCUGCACAUGGGAGAGCACAGCGUGUGGAUUAUAGGGUUGUACAUUCAUGAGAGGAGGUGGCAGGCUUUGUACGUCGUUUUCUACCUCACAUGUCCGCGUACAUGCGUGCGCUUUCACUAUCACCGUGCCAUCGUGCUCUCAGACCUGUAG